AUGUCGGCCCUCUUCAACUUCCAGUCGAUGCUGACGGUCGUCAUCCUGGCGAUCUGCACUUGCACGUACCUCCGCCCUCGCUUCCCUUCCCUAAUCGACAACAAACAGCCCGGCUUCAAAGGCGUACUCGGCAAGCUCGCAGUUGUCGGAGACAGGCUCUCGGGCUACGUUUCCGUCGCGUGCAUUGUGAUGGCGUUCACCACUCUCUUCUUCAGGUGA